AAACUCUUGUAGCCAGAGAUGGGGACGGAGCCCACAGAGCAGGUUUCCUGGGGCCCCUACUCUGGGUUUGACGAGGAGGAGGAGGUGUAUUCAGCUGAGCCAUUGCCCGAGAUCUGCUACAAGGCGGAUGUCCAGGCCUUCAGUCGUGCUUUCCAACCCAGUGUCUCCCUGACGGUGGCUGCUCUUGGUCUGGCCGGCAAUGGUCUGGUCCUGGCCACCCAUCUGGCGGCCCGCCGCACUGCUCGCUCGUCCACCUCCGCCCACCUGCUCCAGCUGGCUCUGGCCGACCUCCUCUUAGCCCUGACCCUGCCCUUCGCUGCAGUGGGAGCUCUUCAGGGCUGGAGUCUGGGAAGUGCCACCUGCCGGGCCGUCUCUGGCCUCUACUCGGCCUCCUUCCACGCAGGCUUCCUUUUCCUGGCCUGUAUCAGCGCAGAUCGCUACGUGGCCAUCGCGCGGGCGCUGCCAGCCGGGCGGCGGCCUUCCACGCCAGGCCGUGCACACUUGGUCUCGGUCAUCGUGUGGCUGCUGUCACUGCUCCUGGCGCUCCCUGCGCUUCUCUUCAGUCGGGAUGGUCGCCGGGAAGGCCAGCGGCGCUGUCGCCUCGUCUUCCCCGAAGGCCUCACGCAGAUGGUGAAGGGGGCAAGCGCGGUGGCGCAGGUGGUGCUGGGCUUCGCGCUGCCCCUGAUCGUCAUGGCAGUCUGUUACGCGCUCCUGGGCCGCACGCUGCUGGCCGCCAGGGGGCCCGAGCGCCGGCGGGCGCUGCGUGUGGUGGUGGCCCUGGUGGCGGCCUUCGUGGUGCUGCAGCUGCCCUACAGCCUCGCCCUGCUGCUGGAUACAGCCGAUCUGCUGACUGCCCGCGAGCGGAGCUGCCCUGCCAGCAAGCGCAAGGAUCUGGCACUGCUGGUCACCGGCGGCUUGGCGCUGGCGCGCUGCGGCCUCAAUCCCGUGCUCUAUGCCUUUCUGGGCCUGCGCUUCCGCCAGGACCUGCGCAGGCUGUUAAGGGGUGGGGGCUGCAGCCCAAGGCCUCAGCUUCGCAGCCGCUGUCCCCGCCGGCCCCGCCUCUCUUCCUGCUCCGCUCCCACCGAGACCCACAGUCUCUCCUGGGACAGCUAAGGAGGCUACAGAUCCAGAGGCGGGGGAGGGGGGUGGGGGAGGGCUAAGCGGGUAAGGAGAGUCGGUGGGGGGGAAAGAGGUCAGGAUCUACCGGGAGGAUGACUUCUGUGCUUUGCCAUAUUAAAGUGAUAACAAGGAAAUGAGAUGCAACCCCAAACAACUGUUACUAUUUUUGAAUCCCAGACUUGGAAGCAAUUUGUAGCAGGGCUGAGACAGUGGGUUACACCCCGCCCCCACCCCGCGGUUGGGUCUGAGUGGGAGGCAGGAGGGGGCCUGCUGAGUCUGCUAAAGCUUUGGGCACUGACACUCCCUCCAAUUUCACUCAGUCUCUGCCAAGAGAGGUGAGGUGGGAAAGCUGCCAGGCUAGGAGGGGCGGGGGUUCCUCUCGAAAUAGCGUAAGGCAGGGCUUUCUAACAACCAAGGUGCUAUCCAGUAAUGGCUGCCUUAGCAAGUACCG